GUGCGGUGUUGCUUCUGAAUCUGUUCCUGUGAGUGAGUGAGUUUGUGUGUGGUACAGCCUGAUAGAACCCGAAGGACAUUUCGUCUGAAGGCACCAGCAUGUGGGAGAAGCAGCUUGGAGUCACCCUGCUGCUGCUGGUGGCCGGAAGCCAGUACGUGCAGUCGCAGCAGCCGAAGGUUCUAUGCUACUACGAUGCGGCCAACUUCCUGGUCGAAGGGCUGGGUAAGGUGUCCCUGGCCGACAUCGAUGCGGCCCUGCCCUUCUGCACGCACCUGGUGUAUGGCUACGCCGGGAUCGACGUAGAAACGAACAAAGCGGUCAGCCGCCAACCGAACCUAGACCUGGACACUGGCAAGGGCAACUACCGUACGGCGACACAGCUGAAGACGAAGUACCCUACGCUGAAGGUGCUGCUCGGACUCGGAGGCUACAAGUUCUCGGAGCCAUCGAUCAAGUACCUGACGCUGCUGGAGUCCGGAGCGGCUCGGAUCACCUUCAUUAACUCCGUGUUCGCGCUGAUGAAGACGUAUGGCUUCGAUGGUGUUGAUCUGGAAUGGCAGUUCCCCAUGAACAAGCCGAAGAAGGUCCGUUCGACACUCGGUGGCGCGUGGCACAGCUUCAAGAAGGUGUUCUCCGGUGACAGUGUGCUGGAUGAGAAAGCUGACGAACACCGUGAAGAGUUCACGGCGCUGUUACGCGAGCUGAAGAACGCUUUCCGAUCGGAGGGCUACCAGCUCGGUAUCACUGUGCUACCACAUGUCAACGCGUCCAUCUUCAUGGACAUCCCGGCCAUCAUCAACUAUCUGGACUUUGUUAAUCUCGCCGCGUACGACCAACAGACACCGACUCGCAACAGUAAGGAAGCCGAUCAUGCGGCACCUCUGUAUGAGCUGAGCGAACGCGUCCCUGGUGCCAAUGUUGAUGCACAAGUCCGCCACUGGUUGUCAAACAACGCCCCAGCCUCUAAGCUGAUUGUAUCCAUCCCCACGUUUGGCCGCGGCUGGAAGAUGAACGGUGAUUCGGGAAUUACUGGUGUUCCGCCACUGGCCGCCGAUGGUCCUUCGAAUCCGGGUCCACAAACGCAAACCGAAGGCUUUUAUAGCUGGCCUGAGGUGUGCGCCAUGCUGCCGAAUCCGAGCAACACCGCCCUCAAGGGCGCUGACGCUCCUUUGCGCAAGGUGGGUGAUCCGACGAAACGUUUCGGAUCAUACGCUUUCCGCGUUCCGGACAGCAACGGCGAACAUGGCGUGUGGGUUUCGUACGAGGAUCCCGACACCGCUGGCAACAAGGCAGGAUACGUGAAGGCCAAGAGCCUUGGUGGCAUUGCCGUCAACGACCUGUCGUACGACGAUUUCCGAGGCAGCUGCGCUGGGGAGAAGUUCCCGGUGCUGCGUGCUGCCAAGUUCCGGCUAUAGAUGAUUUUGAGUACGGAUUGCGCAAACUAAUUAUGAGUUAUUCUUUCUAAGUCAACAAAAUAAACGUUUUUUUAUUUCA